AUGCCACUCAAGUCACGAUAUCCAGAUGUUCAAUUUCGUGAAACCGAUCUAUUUUCAUUCGUCUUCGAUCGACAGCAUCGACCUUGUCCGGAGAAUAAAGUCAUUUUCCAAGAUGCCAGCGAGCCCUCGCUGUAUCAUACGUUUGCCCAAGUCCGCGACCGGGCUGUCGAAUUUGGUCUUGCUCUGCGUGACCGGUUUCAAUUCAGCAAACACGACGUCCUAGCCCUCUACUCUCCCAACAACAUUGAUGUGCCGUGCUUGGUUUUCGGCACACUAUGGGCUGGCGGCGUUGUCUCGCCGGCGAAUCCAGCAUAUACGGUGGACGAGUUGGCGUACCAGCUGAACGACAGCGGAGCGAAGGUGCUCGUCUCGCACAUAUCGACCAUCUCAAAGGCGAAGGUGGCGUGUGCCAAAGUCGGCAUCCCUGAGGCACGGAUCUUGGUCAUCGGUAAUGAUCAUGGCGAACGACAAGGAUGCCUAGACUGGAAGUCUUUCCAAGCCCGGACAAAUGCACUGGCAAGUCAGUUAACGGCGACCCAUGUUACGCCCAAGGAAGACCUAGCGUUUCUGGCCUAUUCGUCCGGCACGACGGGGAGACCAAAGGGUGUCAUGUUAACCCAUUUCAACGUUACAGCCAACAUUCAGCAAGUGCGAGACAUGGAAGUAGUGGCGUCGGACAACUCGAUCUCGGUGCCUGGAAUUCCGGACGCGCCAAGCAGCGGUGACAAGAUCUUGGCUUGUCUUCCAUUCUUCCAUAUCUACGGGCUGACGAGUAUGAUGAUCAACCCCUUGUUCACUGGCGUACAGUGUCUUGUGAUGGAAAAGUUCGAGAUUGAGGCGUGGUGUCGCGCGGUCCAAGAUCAUCGUGUUACCGUGGGUUAUAUCGUUCCGCCUAUUGUUCUACUCCUCUGCAAGCAUCCAGCAGUGGAGAAGUACGAUUUGAGCUCGUUGAGGAUGACCACUUCUGGGGCGGCCCCGUUAACUCGAGAGCUGGUGGAGGCGGCUUUCAAGAGGAAGGGCGUCCGCGUGAAGCAGGGCUAUGGGUUGACCGAAACUUCACCUGCUCUGUUCGUGACCAAGUGGGACGACUGGAACCGACGGUUUGGCACCACCGGAGAGCUUAUUCCCAAUGUACUGGCAAAGAUCUGCGAUCCGAGCGAGGAAGGGGACUUCAACAUGACACACGAGCUUCCGAUAGGGCAGACUGGUGAGCUCUACGUUAAAGGGCCAAACGUCUUUCACGGCUACCACAACAAUCUGACAGCAACUGCGGAGUGCCUCCGAGACGGAUGGUUCAGAACGGGAGACAUCGGCCAUCUCAACCAGGAGGGAUUUCUGACGAUUACGGACCGCGCAAAAGAACUCAUCAAAUACAAGGGAUUCCAAGUAGCGCCAGCCGAGCUGGAAGGCACGCUCUCGGAUCAUCACUUGGUCGACGACGUGGCUGUUAUAGGUGUUCGCCUGGAGGAUCAAGAGACAGAAGCUCCGCGGGCAUAUAUCGUGAAGAAAGGGGGCCUCCGAGCGGUCAAGCCAGGCGACGAGGAAGAGAUCAUGCAGUGGCUGGAAAAGAGAGUCUCGAAUCACAAAAGGCUCCGCGGAGGUAUUAAAUUCGUUGAGUCCAUCCCCAAGAGCGCGAGCGGGAAAAUCCUGAGAAGGAUACUCAAGGGUGAUGUGAAGAUGGAGACGGAGGAGAGAAGCAACCGGGAAAACAAACUUUAA